CGGUCCGACCUCGUCAGGGCAGACUUCGUUGCGGCUUCACUCUCUUGCCUUCCCAAAAACCCGCAGCUCUGUCACCGAGGUCGUCGUCGAUCAAGUCUAGACAGCACCCUGGUUUUCCAGCCAACCCUUCUGCCCACCAGAUCGACCUGAUUCCGGCAUCUCCACCCAAGCUCGGGUAGCUUGUCCAACGACCAUCAGCCCACCAUGGCCGACCAGGAGGCGCCAGCUCAUAGACCUGAGCCUACUUCAGUUCCAACUCUCAACCCAAUCCAACUUCCACAGCAUCAUCAAUCGAACCUCGGCUCUGUACCGAACCUGUCCGCAUCCCCAGUGCCGCUCUUGCGCCCAGCCCUUGCUGGCGGCCGCGCAAGCGGCACACGAACGCCUCGCCUCGGCCUCGCGAUCCCUCCUUCUCCCAAUGCCAAACCAGUCACCCCGGGGCCCAAGGCCCGGCCAGCACUCCCCACGUUGCACCUUGCCACUCCCAUGGGUAGCUCGGUAAUCCCGCAGGAGCAGGCUCGCUCCGUACCCCAGAUCCAGCCCGGGCAGUCGGCGAGUGGCGGUAGUGAAAGCAGUGCCGACCACUCGAGGUCUGGCAGCUUUGGGCCGUUUGAUGGCCGUGCUAGCAACCCCACGUCGGCUGGGUCACAGUUCUCGGCCCUGUCUUUUGCUUCACAAUAUGGAAUUGGUGGUGCGAGGACGCAUGGGACCCCGGACCCGUCCUCUGCUGUCGGCUCCAUCUAUUCGGAGCGGAGUGAGGGCGGCGUGGGCAUGGAGCGCGAUGGCAGCAUGCAAGGGCUUGAAGCCAGCUUCGAUAAGCUGGCCCUGGAGAAGGCCCGAACAGCCGACGUGGAAGCCCUCGACGAUGAAGGCUGGAGGAUAGCGAGUCUCGAAGGGAGGAUCGUCGAGCUUGGAGGACUUGGUGAAGGAGCGGGCGGUGCCGUCACCAAGUGCAAGCUGAAGGGGGGCAAAACCAUGUUCGCGUUAAAGGUCAUCACCACGAACCCCGACCCGGACAUCAAGAAGCAGAUCGUGCGCGAGAUCAACUUCAACAAGGAGUGCGCGUCCGAGCACAUCUGUGCUUACUAUGGCGUCUUCGACGACCCUACCACAGGUACCAUCUCAAUAGCCAUGGAGAUCUGUGAAGGUGGCUCGCUAGACAGCAUCUACCGUGAGGUCAAGCGGCUCGGUGGCAGAACCGGCGAGAAGGUGCUUGGCAAGAUCGCCGAGGGUGUCCUCGCUGGCCUGACGUACCUGCACAGCAAGAAGAUCAUCCACCGUGACAUCAAGCCUUCCAAUAUUCUCUUGGCCCGCAAGGGCGACGUUAAGCUCUGUGAUUUUGGCGUUUCGGGCGACUUUGGUACCAAGGGCGAGGCCAACACAUUCAUCGGCACGAGCUACUACAUGGCACCUGAGCGCAUCACCGGCCAGAGCUACACCAUCACUUCGGACGUGUGGUCCACUGGCGUCACGCUGCUAGAGGUUGCACAGCACAGAUUCCCGUUCCCCGCCGAUGGCACCGACUCACAGCCGAAAGCCGGUCUCAUUGAUCUGCUGACUUAUAUCGUGCGGCAACCGAUCCCCAAGCUCAAGGAUGAGCCGAGCGCCGACAUCUACUGGAGUGAGAACUUCAAGUACUUCAUCGAGUGCUGUCUGGAGAAGGACCCAUCGAGACGUGCGAGCCCUUGGAGAAUGAUGGAGCACCCGUGGAUGGUGGAGAUGAAGUCAAAACGUGUCAACAUGGAGAAAUACCUUAGUCAGGUCUGGGGCUGGGAGGACUGAGAACUU